AUGGAUGAUGCUAAUGGAAUUUUAUUUCAUGAGUUGGACAUUGUGAGGAUGGUAGUGCUUGAAAAUAGGAUUAAUAUGGAAAACAGUGUAAUUGUUAGGGCCUCUGGGGACUACAUUGGCAUGGCAGUCGUAGACGGCCAGCUCACGUGUGUCUACAACCUGGGGGAGCGCGAGGCUGAGCUCCAAGUGGACCAGGUUUUGACAGAGAGCGAAUCUCAGGAGGCGGUUAUGGACCGAGUCAAAUUUCAGAGAAUUUAUCAGUUUGCAAGGCUUAAUUACACCAAAGGAGCCACAUCCAGUAAACCAGUAACACCCCGAUUCCAUGACAUGGACAGUGGAACAAGCAACACACUUCUUGAUUUGGAUCCUGAAAAUGUUGUAUUUUAUGUUGGAGGUUACCCACCUAAUUUUAAACUUCCCAGUAGACUAAAAUUCUCUCCUUACAAAGGUUGUAUCGAAUUAGAUGACCUCAAUGAAAAUGUUUUGAGUUUGUACAACUUCAAAAAAACUUUUAAUCUCAACACAACUGAAGUGGAACCUUGUAGAAGGAGGAAGGAAGAGUCAGACAAAAAUUAUUUUGAAGGUACAGGCUAUGCUCGAGUUCCAACUCAACCAAAUGCUCCCUUCCCCACCUUUGGGCAGACAAUUCAGACCACCGUGGAUAAAGGUUUGCUGUUCUUUGCAGAAAACCAGGAUCGCUUCAUAUCUCUAAAUAUAGAAGACGGCAGACUCAUGGUGAGAUACAAACUGAAUUCAGAGCCACCAAAAGAAACAGGAAUUGGAGACACCAUUAACAAUGGGAGAGAUCAUUUGAUCCAGAUCAUAAUUGGAAAAUCCCAGAAAGUUAUGAGGAUAAAUGUAAAUUUUCAAAACAUCAAAAUUGAAGGUGAAAUAUUUGAUUUCAGCACAUAUUAUCUGGGAGGAAUUCCAAUUGCAAUCAGGGAAAGGUUUAACAUUUCUACACCUGCUUUCCGAGGCUGCAUGAAAAAUUUGAAGAAAACCAGUGGCGUCGUGAGGUUGAAUGAUACUGUGGGCGUAACCAAAAAGUGCUCAGAGGACUGGAAGCUUGUGCGAUCUGCUUCAUUCUCCAGAGGAGGACAGCUGAGUUUCACUAAUCUGAACUUUCCCUUGCCCGACCACUUCCAGGUCUCAUUUGGGUUUCAGACCUUUCAACCCAGUGGCAUAUUAUUGAAUCAUCAGACACGGACAAGUAACUUGCAGGUCACUCUGGAAGAUGGUCACAUUGAAUUGAGCACCAGGGAUAGCAGCGGCCCAAUUUUUAAAUCUCCAAAGACAUACAUGGAUGGUUUACUGCACUAUGUAUCUGUAAUAAGCGACAAUGCUGGACUUCGACUUCUCAUUGAUGACCAGCCCCUGAGAAAUAACCAAAGGCUAAGAACCAUUCCAAAUGCCCAGCAAUCUCUACGUCUGGGUGGGAGUAAUUUUGAGGGUUGUAUCAGCAAUGUUUUUGUCCAGAGGUUAUCACAGAGUCCUGAAGUCCUAGAUUUGGCCAGUAGAUCUACUAAGAGAGAUGUGUCCCUGGGAGGCUGCAGUUUAAACAGACCCCCUUUUCUAAUGUUGCUUAGAGGUUCUACAAGGUUUCACAAGGCCAAGACUUUCAAUAUCAAUCAACUGUUGCAGGACACACCAGUAGCCUCCCCGAGGAGCAUGAAGCUGUGGCAAGAUGCACAGUCUUGCCCACCAUCCCCCAGGGCCCAGGACAGUCAAGGAGCCCUCCGGUUUGGGGACGGUCCCACCAGCCACUUGCUAUUCAAGCUUCCCCAGGAGAUGCUGAAACCCAGGUCACGGUUUGCCGUGGACAUACAGACGGCAUCCUCCAGAGGGCUGGUGUUCUUCGCUGGCACUGAGAACGCCUCCAUGGCACUUUACCUUUCAAAAGGCCGUCUUGUCUUUGCACUGCGGAUAAAUGGGAAAAAACUGAGGCUCAAGAGCAAGGAGAAAUGCAACGACAGGAAGUGGCACACGGUGACAUUUGGACAUGACGGAGGAAAGGGGCACUUGGUUGUAGAUGGACUGAGGGCCCGGGAGGGAAGUUUGCCUGGAAAUUCCACUGUCAGCAUCAGAGCACUGAUUCACCUGGGAUCAUCUCCAUCAGGGAAACCAAAGAACCUACCCCCAAACAGCUUUGUGGGAUGCUUGAAGAACUUUCAGCUGGAUUUAAAGCCCUUGGAUACCCCUUCUGCAAGUUUUGGGGUAUCAUCCUGCUUGGGGGGCUCUUUGGAGAAAGGCAUUUAUUUCUCUCAAGAAGGAGGUCAUGUCGUCCUGGCUAACUCUGUGUUGCUGGGGCCAGAAUUUAAGCUUGUUUUCAGCAUUCGCCCAAGAAGUCUCACUGGAAUUCUAAUACACAUUGGAAAUCAACCUGGGCGGCACUUAUGUGUUUAUAUGGAAGCAGGAAAGGUCACAGCCUCUGUGGACAGCGGGGCAGGUGGGACCUCGACAUCGGUCACACCAAAGCAGUCUCUGUGUGAUGGGCAGUGGCACUUGGUGGCAGUCACCAUAAAACAACACAUCCUGCACCUGGAACUGGACACAGACAGCAGCUACACAGCUGGACAGCUCCUCUUUCCACCUGUCAGUACUCAAGAGCCACUACACCUCGGCGGUGUCCCAGCCAAUUUGACGACGCUGAUGCUUCCUGUGUGGAAAUCAUAUUUUGGCUGUCUGAAGAAUAUUCAAGUCAAUCACAUCCCUGUCCCUGUCACCGAAGCCAUUGAAGUCCAGGGUCCUGUCAGUCUGAAUGGCUGUCCCGACCACUAACCCAAAACUAUUCCACACCAAGGAAAUUCACCUUCAAAAGCACUGAUUACCCAAUGCACCUCCCUCCCCACUCGAGAUCAUUCUUGACUCAAGACUCCAUCCAGAUGGAUUUAAUAGCAAAUCUCAUUAUGAAUUCCAACCACAGAUACUUUUCAUUUUGGCAUUCAGUGCUUCAUAUGUAUUUUAUGUAAAGAUCCCAUUUCUUGAAGAAGAUAAAUUGUUAUUCAAAUAUACACAAACUGUUUUUUGGUAAUAUUAAUUGCCACUAAAAAUUACAUGUCUUUUUAAAGACAUUAUUUUCCACUUGACAAAAAAAAUUAAAUACAUUUUAAAGCACUUCAAGAAUAUGACACUUUUAUAUGUGUUAAAGGGUUAUAAUUUAUGGGGUUAAAUAAAUUUAGUGUACUCUUUAAA